AUGUCUCUCGUCGAUUGGCGAACAGGCGGACUAUCGAAGCCCGCAGCUGGUGUGCUUGGAUCGCUUGACUCGGCGACCGGCGCGCCUGAGACGUUCAGAGGCGAGGCGAUCGAAAAAGAAGCCGAGAGCUUUGCCACUGCCCUUGCAGGUAUUGCGGUGAGCGUGUGGACUGCACAGGAUGAGGACACCAAGCCGUCCAAUCAACUUUCUGAUCCGCAACCCAAAGACUCGUUGCCGCGGCUGCAGGAGCCCACCACUCUUAUGUCCAUUGCGAUGGAUAAGGCGUAUGGAGUCAAUGAUCCCUCACACGAUAAGACACGAGAACCCAUGCAAACAGCCCUGUGGUCAGGCGUGCUGCCCUUUCUUCGGUUCUUGUACAUUGUAUCCGACACUUGGGAGCGUCUAGCGAAUGCUUUGGAUCCGACUCCCCCUUUCCCUAGCCUUGAUCACAAAUUACGCCUGGCAGCUCUACUUGUCCUGCUCGCCCUGGGAACCACAUUCGUAUCGCUGGAUUCUGUUGCCAGAAUUCUCAGCUUUGCAUUAGGCGUCGGGCUGUUUGCUAGACCUCCGCUGACAUGGGCGAUCAGCUCUCUCGAGCAAAGAUGUCCAGGAUGGUCAAAUCUGAUGUCUCCCGAGCACCACAUCUUCAGAGGCAUUCCAACCAAUGCUCAACUAGCCAUAACACUCCUUCGCAGCGCGGAAAACCAUGUCUCACCGCUACCGCUCCGGCCACAUACGAAGCAGUCACCAACGAUCAAGCCAAUACCUAUACCCUCGAAAGCUGACGCAGAAACCUGGGAGGCUCCCUUAGGCGCUUCGCAAGCAGACCUAGCUGACGCUGCCGCACCAGAUCAGAAUGUGCUUGACGCCGCCAGCGGUCCAUGCUCAGAGAUUCAGGCGACAGAACGCCGUAAGCCACACCGAUUAUUUGGUCUCGUUAAAGGCGGCAUCAAGUCAACAGUGGAGAUGACACUGAAGGCAGACAAACUCCGAGCCAAGGCCGGACACCAGAGCGCGAAGAACCGGAUCGGCAUACUUCCACACAAGAAUAACGCCGGUGACAGAGAACCGGGUCCAUGGAUCUUUGCCGUCCGUCAUGACGGCAAAGAGGGACGGCUCCAUAUAGGUGCCGAUGGCACUAUAUCAUUUAACGACGCAUGGACCAUACAUGCAACAGAGAUCACGGAGUUGAAGAAGCACGAUGGCUUGGGAUUCAAGGCCAGAGUCGUUGUGGGUUGGGCCAUGGACCUCGAUGUCAAAGACGGUUUGGAGAUUACAGAUCGGUCUGGGAAGUCGUAUGUGCUUACGGCGGUCCCCCAAAGGGACCAGCUUUUCAACAGGCUUUGCGCAAUCGGUGGUCAGAAAUGGGACGUUGGGUGA